AUGACCGAAGUGACGGUCUCCCGCCGCUACUCGGCCGCUCCUGCUUCCGCCACCACGUCCUCGUCCAAUGAACUCGUCCGCUCCGUCCUACUGAAGGACGAUCCGGUCGUGACCGCCCCCCUCGUCUCCGCCCUCAGCAACGACGUGGCACUCGCACGUUUCGCCAACUUGAUCACCCGCGUCCAACGUGACGACGGAAAUCCGACACCCACGACGUCCCCGGACGGUCCCACCCGCGCCAAACGCGCCACUACAAUCGACGUCUUGACCCGCCGGAAAGACGAGGCGCUGGACGACGUGACGCCGGAGCUGCUCACGUCGUACCGUGCGACCAUGUUGCUGACAAACGAUGACACGGCGGAAGCCUUGCUGACGUUCCUAGGGGACAAGAGCAAGCUGCUGACGCGCUGUUUCUUUGCUGUGUUUGACAGCGACGCCCAGGGCAAUUUGCGCCACGCGUGUCGCGUGAUUGACCAGCUCCUGCGGUUCUAUCUGGACGACGUGUACGACGUGCUGGGCACAGAUGCAAAGACCGUGGAACGCUACAUGGGUGCUAUGCUGCCGUACUUGGAGUACGCGCCGGUGGCGGAGCUCUUUUUGACAGUCAUUUGCAAACCGCAUAGUGCAGCGGUCAUGAGGUUCUACACGUCGACGCCGCCGAAAAAGUGGGCGUUCUUUCGAGCGCUAGCCGAGUGGAAAGUGCUGCUUGUUUUGGCAACUCAUGUGUGGAGCAGCGAGUAUGGCGAGACCCACUCGAUUGGGGCUGCCGAUGUGUUUGUUGAGCUGCUUGAUCGACUCGCAGCAGACGAGAAUGGACAGUUGCUGUUGCAGCCAGCUGCGUACUGCUCGGAGUUGCUGGAAGGGUUGAUCUCUGCAGCAGUAGAACCAGAUCGUGACCAGGCAGGUCCACAGAGGACGGUGGCACAACGCACGGCUGCAAUGAAGUGCGUGUUUCGGCUCUUGCAGAAGAGCAAGCUGGAGAAAGUGCAAGGACCACCCACGAGUCCGUACCAGUCGUUUGGUGCAACGAUCGUGAAUCUCGUGCCGAAUCAGCUCGAACCUCUGCGUGAAAAGAUUUACCAGAUCGUGGAACAGCACCUUGGUGACUUGCUCAAUUAUCUCAUUCAGAAAUAUGUGAGUCAGCAGAAUAUUGAAAUGCCAGGGGGAGAAUCUGGCAAGCCACUGCCAGCGAGUGCAGUUCGCCACACGGCAUAUGUGGUGAAGGUACCGUUUACGGAAUUGCGUCUCAUGCUUGCAGAGACGCUUGUGGAGGUCAUGGCGCACAACUCGCACUUGAUGAGCGAACAUUUUGACGUUAACGUUUGGCGCGUGCUGCUCACGUGGUUCUUUGAGUAUGCCCAUAAUAAUCUGUACCAUGCAGCUUUCUACCAGCUUGUGUUUAUCGCACUGCGUACUGACAGCCAGCAGGCACUAGAGGUGCUUGUAAAAAAGCUAAAGCUGGUCACGCUAUUGGUGGAGCACUACCGUGCAGACGGCGACUCUACAAGCAAUAAGGGCUACAUUCUACGGAUUUGCAACGCUAUUCGUCUACAAGCAGCGUCGCAGUCACCUGACGCGUUUUUGCGCCAUUUCUUGCAGUCGCACACGACGUGGCGUUCGUUUGAGCAGGAGCUGCGUGACCAAACUGCUUUGCUUUGCAUGGACGGUCUGGGAUUUACAGUUCCGCAGGGGUAUCAGGACAACUCGUGGCAAAUGCAAAGCGAAGAGCAGGAUACGGGCAUUGAUCACGGGUCUAAAUUUGCUCGUUCACUAGGCUUUACGGAUGACGUCGCGUGGCCGGAGGAUAAUGCAGUAGACGGCAGCAAGAAGCGCAAGAAAAAAAAGAAAAACAAGAAGAAUUCGCGUAUUGCGAGCACUAAUGGUAUACAGGACGCCGCCGAGGUUGAUUGUCCGGUCGAUGAAGUAACUAGCAAACCUGAGGAUGUUGCUGCGCGGCAUUGA